AUGAAUCCUGAAAUAUUAUUAUAUGUUAAUAAAGCACGACUUGACAGUAAUCAGACUAGCCUUCUCUUCAAUCCUCCUUGUCAACUACACGUGCAAAUGAUUCAACUCAUUUCACCCAAUCCCAAUAAUGUUGACUUUAUAGAUAUUCCAAGAUCCCAAAAUGCUUUUCUCUUAUACCGCAAAAAUUAUGCUGCAAAAUAUAAAUCUCUUAAAAGUAAAAAAGAUUGGAAAACUCUUUCAAAGGAAGCUGGCGAUGCCUGGAAGAAUGAAUUGGACGAAGUAAAAAGUUACUUUAAAAUACUAGCAAAGCUGGCUUUUGAAAAACAUAAGUUGAUUUAUGAGAGUAUCAUUCAGCAACCAAAAAAACAUAUAUUUAUUUCUCAAGGACCAGAACCGCAACAAAAACAAAAAGAAGAUUGUCACAAAACCAAUAGCAACACAAGUUCGUUAUCUUCCACAAACAAUAAUUCAAACUCAUCUUAUCCGCAACAAAAAAAUCAAAUAGAUAGUUCCUAUUAUGAAGUUUCAUUAUUGCACCAUUUGUACUCAAACUAUAAUACAAAAUCGCCUUAUCAACAACCAGAACAACUAGAAGAUAAUGAUAAUAAUAUCAAUUAUGUAGUUUCAACACCAACUUAUCUGUACUCUUCUAUUCCUUCUUUCACAAGUGAUAAUCCAAGUUCAUUAUCAUUCACUUCUUUUAGUCCCUCCGCUUCUUUUCCUUCGUGUUCUACUUCGUCUGAUUUUAAUCCCCUUCUCGUUAAUUAUAACAAUAUUGUCAAUAAGACUGAUGAUUUAUCUCAACCCGCCCAAUUUAUUACAAAUUUAAAUGAUGGUAAAGACCCCCUAGAAGAAUUUCAACAAUACUUACAAAUUGAACAAGCAGAUGCACAACUAAAUGAGACUUAUUGGAAUUCAUUGGAUUUGGUCACAAAAGAAAAUGAAAAUAUGUAA